GCUGAAGGGGGGUCGUGGCUGCGAUGAAGUGCAUGAGGUAGACCUGGCAGCAUCCAGGAGCAGUCCUUGCCCUUUCCAAGUGUUCUGUAGGCGCUCUGUGCCACAAUGCGCACUUGAUGGUGCACUCGCCGAGUUCGAGAAAUAUUACAAGAAAGGCGAAGCACGGACAGGCAUGUCCACACAAGCAGCAUAUAGUCAAUGAGGAAGCGCCACCGAUCAUGGGAGUGAGGACGGCAAUGUUGCAGAACGACUUUGUCAAGGAUGAUGGCGAGUGCGCGUGCAUCUGUCCUUCAAUGCUUGCAGCUUCAAAUCAUGAGCCCUCUGAUGUGUCAUGUCACGCUACGCGAGUUCCUUCCGUAACGACAUUGUUGGAUAUUGAGGUCGAGCCAGGCGGCGCACAAAAUAUACUCGUUCCCGACAGAGCCAUCGGUCCGUCUCCGACGGCGUCGUCAAACCCCACCCACUCCAUAUAUGAAAGAGCAUGUAUUUAUGACCCGCCAUUCUGCAAUGUCGCUCCCCCGGUCCCAUCGUGCACUCAUGGCGCAACCCUCGUUGCACGAGACGCGCAGCCGACAAUUGUCAAGCUCGACAACCUGGUUAUGCAUAAUGCCGGGUCACAAACUCUGCAGACGCUCGCUGCGACAUCCACGACGUCUAGUCCAGGCGUGGGCAGCAUAGUCGGACCUCUAUUGGGAGGCCUCCUAGGAGGGUUCUUUGGGCUCAUACUUAUUGUGGCAGCUCUAUGGUACAUCUGGACGUCACGGCACCGUCUUCUCAACAGACAAGACACCAUGGAGUCUCAGACCGCCCCGGUCUCGCCCAACUUUGAGUACAAGCGGCCAGACCGCUCCUCCCGCAGACAAUCCACGCUUUCAUCUGUACCGACACCAAUGCCAUAUCAAUACGGCGUCGUAGGCCGCCCUCGCUCGCAGCUCUCCAUGACCAUGACGAACACCAGCUCGCCGCACUCGCCGGAUCCCACGCGCUCACGCUCACGCUCGCAUUCACCAGGGCCGUCCGUCCUAACGUACAGCAGGCCGCCGUCUAUGACGAUGAACAUGAUGGGGCCCCCGAGCCCGACGCCCGCCGGCAUCAACACGCCCAUCUCGCCCGGGCCCAGCCUCGCGCCGUCCUCGCGCCCGCCGACGCCCGGCCCGGGCGCAGCGAUCAGCUACCCCCCUCCGCUGCAGCAGUACCACUCCGAUUGGCAGCAGCAGCAGCAGCAAGCGCGGAUAUCGUGGCCGCAGAUGAGCCAUUCGGAGGACGGGCACGGCGCGGAUGCUCGCCGCUCGCCGGUGCUGCGCCCGCACAGCGAGCGGCGGCCGUCGCGGCUCUCGCUGACGCUGGCGAACUGGAACCCCGAGACGGACGGCAUCCUUGGGGAGCUAGCCGGCGGCGGGAUGCCGGUGGCACGGAGCGGAGAGGCGGGCGCUGUGGCUUCGACGGCGUGCAGUACGACUGCGGUGGGGAGCAGUAGGGAAGGGGGAGGGGGAGGGGAUCUGGACGCGGAGGCGUCGCAGGAGACGUUGACGCCUGCAAACCCGGGCCCGGGAAACCCUCCGCGACGUGGUUCGUGAGCUCGCCCGUCCUCCGACCCGCCGGCGACGUCAUUCGCAUGUUUCCUGCACGCUCGCUGGCAUGAGCCGCCCGGGCACGCACGCCGUAUUCCGUCCAGCCGAUCAUCACGCACCGUCCCGAAGGGCGUGGCCUCGUCUCGCUCUGCUAUCGCGCACUCUCGUUCCAGUCAUGGACUCGCUUCGCUAAGUUACUCCUUGGUCACUGCCGCCGCACACGUCCGCCCGGCAGCUUAGUUCGCCUCAUCUGACUUAUUAUCGGUGAUCUGAUGCAUAG